GUGCAAAUUGUCUCCACUAGUUUUGUUUCGCAGUCCAGUGUGCGUGCGCUCUCGUGCGCGCGUGCACAGUCCUAAAAUCACCGUCCGGACUUGCAGGCCAAUAGUUCACCGGUGUGUGGCUUAACUCUCACACUGUUGCUUCGGUCAUGCACACUGGCUCGGGCGAGGUUUUGUUGUGUAAACCGAGCAGGAAAGGAUCUUAGAGGGAGGGCGUCGCUGCCCGCCGCUGAACUGCUGCUUCGCUCAUGGAUGUCAACGAAGCCGCAAAAGAGACUGCUGGAUAAAGUUUAGCGCUUGUGUGAAAGUCGGACUUAAUGCUGCGUUAAGGACCCAAACGAUAAUGUCAUCUUUACCAACGACUGGGAAGUGUUGAUACAAGCGAGGGGAGGCAAUCAUGAUGGUCUUCGGAGGUAAUAGCUGACAUUGUGGAAUGAGAGAUGAUGGAGCAACUAGACAAUCCUGCCCCUGAGAGUAACAACCCUAAUGGGUUUGUGAACCGUGUGUUUAAUGUUUCUCUGGAUGUUGAGAAUGAAAUCAGCAGUGUUUGUAUUAAAGAGACUGGGUCAGGGCCAGAAGAGAUGCAGAGUGAGGCCCAGGCCUCAUCUCUUCAGACCGCUGUCAAGGACAGACAGGAGGUCAAUCGGAGACCCCGUGCCACUGGAGGCAUCUGGAAGAUCUUGAACCGAAAACGAGGUGUCUCAGAGCUGGAGCCGAGACCCCACUCCAUGAUCCUACUCGGGGAAGCUUCCAUCCCUAGACCCUCAUUUGCUGAUAAAGUCCGCUCCUUUAAAAAACUCAAAUCCCCUUCGGUGUUCAGAGGAAAGGCUGGGAAAUUGUCUAGUGCCAAGCUUAGCAGCUCAUUGGUGGAUGAGGACUCUUUCUGCAGAGACAUUGGCACUCCGCAGCAAUCCAGCAGGGGCGCACUUAGACAUCGUGGCAAGAGGCAUUCAUACGCUGGCUACACAGCAGAGUUUGACUGUUCUUUCGAAGACAUCGACCUCUCUGCUCCGACGGAAGAUCUUCAUUGUACGGCGGUGCCAGAAACUACACUUCAGAACGGUUGUAAACCAUCCGAACGGGUUUCCUACUCAAAAAGAAACCACAUCAAUUCAACAAACUGUCACAAAGCUGCAAGCUAUGAGGAGCCUUGUGUUAAAGCUAGCAAAAGUACCACCCAAGGUGCAGGGAGGCGACACAAGGAUGUCUGGAAUUACCUGAGGAGGAUCUCUCUUUUGGGAAAGACAAAUCCUGUCUAUUCAGAGAGGAGCUUUGAUUCUGAGCUUCCCACUCUUGACAAGACGAUUGACUCUGACUAUGGUUCUGUAGACACUGAGAAUGUCAAAGACUUCCAAGCACUGCCUCCCAAAAAUCCAGACAUGAAGGGACAUUUUGGUGGACUGUUUAAAUUUUUCAAUAAUGUAGCAGAAACAGCCAGAAAGUGGCGGACGACAUCCCAUUCUUUCUCCCCUCCUGAGGAAGCCAAGACACCAAUUAGCUUGACUCAGGUUCCUCAGUGCACAGUACACAAAGUUCAUAGCGUGUCCCUAGCUCUCCACGACGAAGGACUUCCGCAGUGUCGGAAUUCUGCAUCCUCACCAUUGACCACUAAAUCCUCAGAAUCCAGUAACUGUGACCGUGAGGUCCCAGAACCCGUGACAGGUGGGGGGUCUGCUAAAGUUGUCUUCAAAGCUUUUCGGACAUCAGCUUCUGGAAGUGUGAAUGGCCUUCAAGGCUCGAAGAGUACAGGCAAUCAUAUAGACACGGCAACAAACCACAGGCCCACCAUUGGAGAGAAUCAUAUUCCUCACUCGGUUACAAGCACGGAGACUCAUGCUGAGCAUGAAAUGAAUCCAUUAAAUUGUCUGCACCUAGGAGAAACUGUACAAGAAGACAAAGGAAAUGAUGAGGAUUCCAAGGAUGCUCCACCUGACUCGCAGCAGAUACAGGAAGUGAAGAUUCAAUUACAAACAGUUGGUAAAGAGACCGUGGCCAAUAGCAUACCAUCAUCAGAUUCCACAGAGGAGACUUUUAAGCUGUGUGAGCAGAUUGCAAGCCAGACAGGCUGCAGUGUAAGACUGCCAGGCCCAGCCUUGCUCCACUCUAACACAGAGAAGACCUCUGUACCUCAGAAGCCGCCGCACCCUCGUCCUCGCCCGGCUUCAGCUGUAUUGGAUCUGUGGAGACCUAACCCAGACCGAGAUCUCUGCAACUAUUAUAGUGAGUUUGGCUCACUAUGCCGACGGAGGCAGCAACCUAAUCCCACCAUGCGACACUCACUGGGCCUUAGAAGGAUGCCCGCUUGUCCCAGGCCCUGCUCUGUCAUUGAAGCCACUGCUACUAGCACGAUGCAGUCCACGGAGUUGCGCAACAGAGCCUUGUCUCGCCCCCCGGGGGUGUCUCCGUUAGAACCGCCCCUGAAGGCUUCUCUGCAACGGUGCCGCUCCCUACCUCUGCCCGCCAGUACUUUAACUACCUUGGCUCUUCUCCUGCCUCACUCAGAUGUGGGUCCAUCAACAUCAUCAUCCGUUCGUUUGCGGUCUGAAGGCAGCAGCCGCAGGAGGAAGAGGCUGCUACGACCUGGGUCAGAACCACUGCGGGUCAACAUUUUGAUAAGUGGAGGGUCAAUCGUCAACGCUGAGGCGGUAUGGGACCAUGUGACCAUGGCGGACCGGGAGUUGGCAUUUAAGGCCGGUGACGUCAUAAAGGUGCUGGAUGCCUCCAACAAGGACUGGUGGUGGGGCCAGAUUGAUGAGGAGGAGGGAUGGUUCCCUGCCAGCUUUGUGCGGGUGGAACCCCACCCUCCUCAGCCCCAAACAAAACAGGUUUUCUAUAUCAACCCCAUAGCAACUCCACGGUUCCAAAACACCACGUCAAAGUUGUGGGUGAAUCAAGAAGAUGGAGGAGGGGAACCAGCCGAAGGCACGAGCGAGGUUCAAAAUGGUCACCUGGACUCAGCCAACGAUUGUUUGUGUCUGGGCUCGCCUCUCCAGAACCGUGACCAAAUGAGAGCUAACGUCAUCAACGAGAUCAUGAGCACGGAGAGACACUACAUCAAACACCUCAAGGACAUUUGUGAGGGUUACCUCCGCCAGUGCAGGAAACGGGUGGACAUGUUUAAUGAUGACCAACUGAAGGUCAUCUUCGGCAACAUUGAAGACAUCUACCGUUUCCAGAUGGGAUUUGUUAGAGACUUGGAGAAACAAUAUAACACAGAGGAACCCCACCUGUCUGAAAUUGGACCAUGCUUUUUAGAGCAUCAAGAUGGUUUCUGGAUAUAUUCAGAAUACUGCAAUAACCACUUGGAUGCUUGCAUGGAGCUGAGCAAGUUGAUGAGGGAUGGCAGGUACCAGCACUUUUUUGAGGCCUGUCGACUCCUCCAGCAAAUGAUUGACAUUGCCAUAGAUGGCUUCUUGCUCACCCCUGUUCAGAAGAUCUGCAAAUAUCCCCUCCAGUUGGCCGAACUUCUCAAAUACACGGCACAAGAGCACAGCGACUAUCGAUAUGUGGCAGCAGCUUUGGCGGUAAUGCGAAACGUCACCCAGCAGAUCAAUGAGAGGAAGAGGAGACUGGAAAACAUUGACAAAAUUGCCCAGUGGCAAGCGUCUGUUUUAGACUGGGAGGGGGAUGAUAUCUUGGACAGAAGCUCUGAGCUCAUCUACACUGGGGAGCUGUCAUGGAUCUAUCAGCCAUAUGGGCGCAGCCAGCAGCGAGUCUUCUUCCUCUUUGAUCACCAGCUGGUUCUCUGUAAGAAGGAUCUGAUACGACGGGACAUUCUGUACUAUAAGGGUCGUAUCGACAUGGAUCGCUACGAGGUGCGGGACGCCAUUGACGGGAGAGAUGAUGACUUCAACGUAAGUGUGAAGAACGCCUUCAAAUUGUGCAACAAAGACUGCGACGAGAUCCACAUCUUCCUGGCCAAGAAGCCGGAGGAGAAGAUCCGCUGGCUCAGGGCUUUCCAUGAGGAGAGGAAGAUGGUGCAGGAGGAUGAGAAAAUCGGUUUUGAGAUCUCAGAGUACCAGAAACGGCAGGCGGCCAUGACAGUGAGAAAGGUGACCAAACAGAAAGGUGUAAACAGGUGCACGCCGCCCUCAUAUCCGCCCCCGCAGGAACCCCUCAGCGCGGGGCAGUAUGAGGUAACGGAGGACAUGGCACAAGGAGAGGUUUUUGAAUUCAGUCAAUCCAAAAGAGGCCAGGCUCCUUUCUGGCAAAAUUUUAGUAGAUUAGCUCCAUUUAAGAAAUAGAGACUCUUCUUGAAGGACCAGCUAUUUUUUUCCUUAGAAGCACUAAACACUGGAUGAUCGUGUCACACAAUGAAGAAAAUACAAAAACACACUGAUUUGAGACUUUCAAAGUUAAGGACCUAUGUUAAUAUUGGGUGUGGUUGAAAGCAGCAAGAGGAUUGAAGACUCACAGAAUAUGGCGGGGGGUAAUCAGACAUAACUUUUCAUACUUGUUGAAAACAUUCUUAGUUAUCAUGCUUCUCCAGCUGAGUCAACCGUCACUUGCACUCUCACUCAGAUUCUGCAACACUUACCUGUAUCCACACACGCGACUGAUUGUCCUGGGAAUCGUUUGUAGAGAUUGCUGUAUUACUGCUCUUUAGAUCCAUGGAUGACACAAACCAGGAAGCGCCAGGUCGUUGUAUGAUUGUGUCCUAAAUCUUGCUGUGCUGCUGCUAUGUGAGUUGCAUUCUCCGAGUAACGACAGGCCCGUGUCGAUCUCAAGAAGCUCGAUUCUUUUGGGCAUCACCUCUCCCAUCGCCAGUUGCAGACCAUUUAGGCGCAUUUGAAUCUGCUCUCUACUCACUCUGUAGUAGCCCUCUCGUCACGGCCUCUCUUUGUCAUCUCGCCGUCGUUAUCUCUUUGCUCACCUGCUCAGCCUAUAUGAGUCAGAGGAAGCUUUUCAAUCGGUCAGAAACCUGCCAGCGGCUGUCACAUGACGGCUCCGGGAACAAAUCAAUAGCGGGCACGUCAGAAUUAUAGUGUAUUACCAUUCUUUCACCAAGCAGUUUUGACAGGGUAUUCAUAUCCCAUCACGCAGAAGGUCAAGGGCUGUGGGUGGUGGGGAGCUUGCCGCUCAGAUGAACCUGCUGGGAGCACGAGAUAGGCAGGCUACGCUCCAGCCGCAUAGCACCAGAGCCCCUCCCCUCUUUCCCCAGAGACCACCCCUGUAGCACUGUGCUGGCAGCUCACGGACUGUUUGGAAAGAGCAAGGUCCACCUCUGGAAAUGCACUGACAGCAAGCAGUGAGGUUGAUCUUUAAAAGGUCUGUUUUUUCUGUCAGCUGAGAAUUUUUUGGCAAAAGAUUGAUUUGCACAAAUGGGUGUCGUAAAAUAAGGUAGACCUCUUACCGCCGCGAGUAGAUCGAACCGUCUGACGUUAACAAAGGAGGGGAAAAGAAGUGCAAUGCAAAUAUGGCAGCACAAAGAUGGCUAUAAGGAGGUGUAGCACAGAGGCGUUUUCUGAUUGCGAUUCAUCCAUCUCCACAGAUUAGAAUCUUGGCAUUUCCCUUCCAUGGUGUUGUUUAUCCAGAUCUGAUCCAUGUUCUGGCGCGGCGCUUCACACUGUUUACAGAAAGACUGCUGCCUGAUCAGAUGGAUUUGUUUAACCCACAAAGAACGAGAUGCUUCUUCAGCAGAGCGGUUCGAAAAGCAGAUCUUGAGAAUGCUUAUCUUGUCGCUAAACUUUGGAGUGUAAGCAAAACAUCUGGCCACGCUUUGUGAGCAUCUUUUGACUCCAUCUCACGUUGGAUUCAGUGAACAGCAUAUCUUCCCAUCCGAGCAAUGUGCCAUCACUACUCUGUUCCUCAAUAAGAAAGUGCGAUACAGCCAAGCCUUACAACUUACUUAAAUGUGUCUGUUGUAGGAUGUGUGUAAAGAAAGUUGCAACACAGACAAGUAGUGUCUCGCCCAGUUUGAUAGUUCUGGAAGAUAAUUCCCUUCACCAACAACAUAGGGUUCCUUGAGCAUGCUAACCUCAGGUCCAGUGCUGCGCCCACCCAACGACCCACCCACCCCACCUCGUCACCCCCGCAGAUGCAAACGCACACAGAGACACACAAUCAUGCGCACUUACUGGCCCGUUGUGCUGCGGAGAAGAGAGAUGCUAUCUAACAGUGCCUUCCAGCAUUCCACUAGUGAUUAUCUAUUCCGUUUCACAGGCAGAUUUGAAUUUGUCAUGUAUUAUCCCUUUGGUGUGGGACUUGCAACGGUCUCUUCCUUCCUCUCGCAUGAGAUCCACUCCAACAGAUCUCUUCCACACGAUUUGUUUUGUGCGCACAGCACGCUCAAAACACUUAUUUUGUUACUAUGUCACAUUUACAUAGCUGCAGUUAUCUUGCACAAAGAUAAGUUAUUCUGAUUUCAGAUACAGUAUAUAGAAAUGACAGUGUUAUUGUCGAACAAGAAUUUGUUUGGAAUAUAGUAUAUUAGAAAUCCUUAGUUUUGCUUAGUCGAGUUAGAGUAUACCAUUCGAAGAAUAUUAUAAGCAAUGAGUUAUGAAUUAAAUAAGAAAAAAAAGUCAUCUAUUUUAACUUUAUCAGCUACACACUGUAAAUACUGUAAAAAGGACAGAUCAUAUAUUUGGAUAUUGGUAUUUUGCGUUGGAGACGAAUGUUGUUCCAGUUCUAGCGUAUGGUAGAGCUCAGUACCAGGUAAAUGCAUGCUUGUGGCAUCCAAUACUUUGCAUGAGACUUAAAACAACUCUUUACGGUUUGUUUAGUUUCAUUUCGCCUCCGACGGGAUUUUUUUCCGCCGUGACGCAUUCAGUUGUGCACCCACUGCCAUCUCACCGGAGAGGGAUUUCUGGUCCCUAGCCACCGCUGUCUCCUGCUCGUGUUACGUUUCUGCUUGUAGCCUUUGUUCCUAUUCCAUGCCAGGAAGAAGAAAGGGACUUAUCCCCACGCAGAGUCAGAGUGAGCUCCUGAUCGAUCAAAUGAAAGGCAUUGGCAUUCUCUUUGCCAAAUAUGAGACGUUUUCUCUUUUUUAAUCCAAUCGACACUGGCGUAGCUCUCUUCGCUGGUUAUUUAUGGACACCAGUAACUGCUGAACAUCAGAUAUGAGGCAAAACGGGUAUAGUUUUUUUAUGAUAUCGAUAUAAGAGUUAGCACUGAUCAUAGGUGUGGUGUAUAGAUUUUUAGUCCAGCAGAAGAGCCGAACGCCCAAGAACUCUGUGGGGAUGUGCUAAAAAUAAUCCUAAUCCUGAAGACACACAAGGAGUACAGUACUUCAUUACAAUGCAUAUCACGCUCUGAAGUAUAACAACGUGACAGUAAAGAUUUUCUCACUUGUGUUGAUUUAAUUAGUAGCCAGUGUUAAAUGUUAUAAUUUGGGGGCUAAAUUGGUCAACAAUCUUAUAUGGUAAACAUUCUUAUCUUUAGUGCUGAUGAAGAUCGUUUUAAAUCCUGUUUGUUAUCCAGUCAUGAACUUAGACAGCCAAGUUAGCGAACAGGAGACUGCUUUCAGUCCAACCCCCCCCCCCCCCCCCCCUUUUUAUUCCAACAUGUAUACAAAGCACUCAUGUGGAGCACGGCGACAUUACCACGAGAGAUAUCCUUGGUUGCAUACGAACAGUCAGGGUACAACAGAGUCCAAUGAGCCAUAUUAGGUGUGGUUUUUAAUGACAGCAAUGUGAGCGGAAGACUGGCGUCCCACUUUUACAAACACACUUGUCAUUGUAUAAUACCAUCUAGCCCAAGGUCGAAGUUUUGCCUACCGCUGAAAAUUAUUAACUCACUACCCCAAAUCCUUGUCUCCAUAUGCAAACAUUUGUCAUUUAUGUUCUUGCUGGCAAUUUGAGUUUGAUUAUUUGAUGUAGAAAUGAAAAAUAAUGCCUAUUCAAUUCAGAAACUGUGAAUGGGAGAGUGGAGAUGUCAACUGUAUGUACAUUAUAUGUUUUGGUGUAUUCAGAAGCACUGGGAAUAUGUUGUACUUCGCUGUAAAAAAAAAAAAAAAGGAAUAAAAAUGAAUCCAUAUCUGA